GAAAUCGAGCAAAACAACCUAUUCUCUCUUUGUGAAUAUAUAUUUUAUCCAGAUUAUGUUAAUCAUUUCUAUAAUUACAGGUUUAUUCAAAUUAAGAUCUUUUUACCCAUUCUUCUUUAGCUUGAGUUUGCUCCAAGAGUCACAGGCGGUGAGCAUGACGAAUACUGCCGCCGGUUGGUCACCGGUUUUGGCUCCAAUCUAUUCUCCGGUAAAUAGUAACUCAAAGCCAAUCAGUUUCCGGUUCUCUGCUUCUUUCUACAAGCCGCCUCUUCCAUUGUUCAACCAGCAAAACCCUGUAUCGGCUCUACACAGGUCGGGAGCUGCUCGUGUGAUAGAGGUAGUAGCACCCAAGCAAAGGAAUCGAUCGUUCUCUGUUUUUGCGUCUCUCACUGAUGAUUCUAAGUUAAACCCAGAAGAGGAAUCAAAUGAUUCCGUAGAGGGACAGGUUGCUUCUGUAGAUAUUAAACUACCGAGAAGACGUUUGCAAGUGGAGUUUACUUGCAAUUCAUGUGGAGAAAGAACCAAGCGGCUUAUCAAUCGACAUGCCUAUGAACGUGGCCUUGUCUUUGUCCAGUGUGCAGGAUGCCUUCAACAUCAUAAACUGGUUGACAAUCUUGGUGCCAUUGUUGAGUACGACUUCCGUGAAACCUCCAAGGAUUUGAGUACUGAUCAAGUUUGAUAUGCUACAUCGAAUGUUGAAUCAAAUUUUUUGUUCCUUUUCUCAGAUAUGUCUGGUUAUGCAUGAUAAGAAGUAAGCUGUUUUCCUCAAAGAAUGUAAAAGAAUGUAUUAUUUUUGAAUCAA